UCUGGGCCCGCCUCCGGGGCCUGGGUCUAAGGAGAGCCCGGAAGAGGCGCUGCUGCCGCUGCUGUCUCGUCAGCGGCGCCUGACCCCCUCCCAGUACUCGUGAUGCCAAGGCCGCUGCCAGGGGUGAGGAAUAGUCGUGGUUGAGCACCACGUGAGCCGAGGGUUCGCGCUUUUCUGAUCUCCUGGGCCUGGCCCACCUCAAGACAUGAGUGGUGGAUUGGCCCCAAGUAAAAGCACAGUGUAUGUAUCCAACUUGCCCUUUUCCCUGACCAACAAUGACUUAUAUCGGAUAUUUUCCAAGUAUGGCAAAGUUGUAAAGGUUACUAUAAUGAAAGAUAAAGAUACCAGGAAGAGUAAAGGGGUUGCAUUUAUUUUAUUUUUGGAUAAAGACUCUGCACAAAACUGUACCAGGGCAAUAAACAACAAACAGUUGUUUGGUAGAGUGAUAAAAGCAAGCAUUGCUAUUGACAAUGGAAGAGCAGCUGAGUUCAUCCGAAGACGAAACUACUUUGAUAAAUCUAAGUGUUAUGAAUGUGGGGAAAGUGGACACUUAAGUUAUGCCUGUCCUAAAAAUAUGCUUGGAGAACGUGAACCUCCAAAGAAGAAAGAGAAAAAGAAAAAAAAGAAAAUCCCUGAACCAGAAGAAGAAAUUGAAGAAGUAGAAGAAAGUGAAGAUGAAGGGGAAGAUCCUGCUCUUGACAGCCUCAGUCAGGCCAUAGCUUUCCAGCAAGCCAAAAUUGAAGAAGAACAAAAAAAAUGGAAACCCAGUUCAGGGGGUGCCUCAACAUCAGAUGAUUCUAGACGACCAAGGAUAAAGAAAAGCACAUAUUUCAGUGAUGAGGAGGAACUUAGUGAUUAAAAUUGUAUUUAUUAUGUAAAUAUCAUUUAAUUUUUUUUUAAAUAUGGAUGUUUUGCCAUCUUCUUUUCUUUCAGCUUUAUCCUAAUCUAGAUACAUUAUAAUUCUCCAUAAAAUAUAAAGUAACUUUAAAAGGCUGUUUCUUUUCAUAUGUACAUAUAUUUUGCUAAAUAAAAUACGUAUAGUUUUUGCCACUCAAUUUAUAAAGGGAUAAAAGAGGAUUUGCCAAUCUCCUAUACUCCACACUGCCCUCCUUUACCUUUUCAAUAUGACUAUUAAAAUUCUUCUUUAAAUCUAUAUUUAUUGUUUUUGUUUUAUGAUCAUGUAAAUACCAUGUUUCCCUGAAAAUA